AUGAGGUCAAUGUUGGAAAGAUCUGGCUGUUCUACUGGAAUACAGGAAUUCAAUAGGUUUAUUGAUGCUAGUGGUCUUGUGUAUAUUCCACUUAAUGGGAAGCGAUUUACAUGGUUUGGUCAGGGUAACAAAAUGACCAGACUGGACAGAUUCCUACUGUCAAUGGAGUGGAUUAACGCAUUCAGGGAUUUAUGCCAAAAAGGAUUAAGGAGGUCUAUCUCUGAUCAUGUGCCAUUAUUGUUACAGAAUGUGUCGGUCAAUUGGAGGCCAAAACAAUUUAAGUUUCUGAACUGUUGGUUUCAAAAGGAGGGUUUCUUGGAAGAGAUUGCAAAAGAAUGGAGUGAGAUAGAGGUUUCUGGUAGAGAGGGCUUUAAAGUGGUUAAAACAAUGAGCAAACUGAAGUUUUUGAAAGAUUGGAAUAAUCACGUGUUUGGGAAUGUUGAAGAAGGCAUUAAAGCUUUGGAGAAUAGGAUUGACCAGUUGGAAAAUGCAGCAAGCAAAAGAGACUUGAUUGAUGACGAAGUGGUCGGAAGGAAAAAGGCUAUACAGGAUUUAUGGGAAACGAAGUUGAGGAAUGAGUCACUAUAG